AUUUUCAAUCAAACCUUUAAAAAGAUAAUGUAAAAAAUAAAUAAAUUGCAUUAACCGAACAACACGAUCACGUGAUCUAAUUUCAGGUAUGGAGUCCAAAACAACUUGUCAAAAAUGAAAUGCGACACAAUCGGACUUCAAUAGUUUAGAUUAUUUGAAAAUUUGCAGUGAAUAGUGAAAGAAUAAUACUAGAUAAUGGGAGAAGCAGCUGCAGCAUCAGGAACCAGCAACGUCCAGUUCUCACAACUCAGUAUCAAUGUGCACUCUGCCAAGCUAGCCACCAAUACUGGGAUUUUCUCUGGCAAUGUGGACACAUUCACAGAGCUGUGUGUGGAUGGGCAGCCUCCAAGAAAAACAGAAGUGUGCAAGAAAACUACGAGCCCAAAAUGGGAUGAUGCAUUCACCAUACUGGUGACCCCGUACUCAAAGAUUGAGCUGCGUAUUCAGUGUGUUAAAGCUCUACGAGGCAACGUCCUGCUUGGCACCCAUACUAUAGACCUGUACACAUUGCUGGACGAAAAUAGGGGCAAACUAUCCAAACUGCGCAAGGCAGUCCCGUUGACGAAUGCCGACAAGAAGACGGCGGAUCUCACUCUCAUAUUUGACGGCCUCACAGUGAACAUGAAGAAGUUCCCUAAGACUUCUCCGUCCAACAGCGCCGUCACAUCGAAUGGUCAGGUUGCAGGUGCUAUGGCAACCACACCCACAGGGAACCCCCGGGAGGGUCGGUCCAGGGACUCACGCCCUGCCCCUCCACGACCUGCCCCUCCAGUUCCCAAUCGUAGUUCAGUCAUCGCUACAAAUGCCACUCCACCUGCAGUAGGUGCAGGUCCCAGUGAGAACGGCUCCGAUAGUGCUCCGACCUCUGAGGCCCCUGCCUCGAGUACUGACCCAACCAACAACAAUGAGCCGCUGCCUAACGGAUGGGAGGAGCGUGUGGACCCCCAGGGACGCCACUAUUACGUAGACCACAACACUCGCACUACAACCUGGGAACGACCUCAGCCUCUACCCGGAGGGUGGGAGAGGCGGGUGGACAACAGGGGUCGUGUCUACUAUGUGGAUCACAACACACGAACCACAACAUGGCAGAGACCCAGUACAGACUUUGUCCAAAAUGUCCAAAACUGGACACAGGCGUGGAACUCCAAUCGCUCGCAGGCGUUCGAGCAGCUUCAGAAUCGUACGCUGUUCAACUCUACGAUGAUGCCCAAUGUGCCCACCACCACGCCUGAUGACUCCCUUGGGCCACUGCCUGAAGGCUGGGAGAAGAGAGCCGAUGCAAAUGGGCGAGUGUACUAUGUCAAUCAUAAAAACAGAACGACCCAGUGGGAGGACCCUCGCACCCAGGGGACCAUACAAGAGGACCCAUUACCUGAAGGCUGGGAGAUGAGGUACACUGCAGAGGGGGUGCGCUACUUUGUUGACCACAACACAAAAACAACCACAUUCCAGGACCCACGAGGGGGCCCUUCAAAAGGGCCCAAAGGAGCGUUUGGUGUGCCUAUACAAUACGAGAGAAGUUUCCGCUGGAAGUUGGGUCAGUUCCGUUACCUCUGUCAGUCCAAUGCCCUCCCGGGUCAUGUGAAGGUCACAGUGUCCAGGGAUAACCUCUUUGAGGAUUCAUUUGCUCAGAUAAUGCGGCUACAGCCAUUUGAUCUUCGCAGGAGAUUGUACAUAAUAUUCAAAGGUGAAGAAGGUCUUGACUAUGGAGGCGUAGCCAGGGAAUGGUUCUUCCACUUGUCUCAUGACGUGUUAAAUCCAAUGUACUGCCUGUUUGAGUACGCCAGCAACAGCAACUACAGUCUGCAGAUCAAUCCGGCCUCGGGCAUCAACCCAGACCAUCUCGUCUACUUCAGGUUCAUUGGGAGAUUCAUAGCGAUGGCCCUUUACCAUGGAAAGUUCAUUGAUAGUGGAUUCACCUUGCCUUUCUACAAACGCAUGCUAAACAAAAAGCUAAUCCUCAAAGAUCUGGAAUCUAUAGACUCAGAGUUUUACAGCAGUUUAGUUUGGAUCAAGGAUAACGACAUCGAAGAGUGUGGACUGGAGUUGACAUUCUCUGCCGACUUUGAGACCCUGGGCAAGAUCACCCAGCACGACCUUAAGGAGAACGGAUCUGAGGUGGCAGUCACCAACGAGAACAAAGAGGAAUACAUCAAUUUGAUGACAAACUGGCGAUUCACUCGAGGGGUUGAGGAGCAAACCAAGGCAUUCUUGGAUGGGUUCAGUGAGGUGGUACCUCUAGAGUGGCUUCAGUACUUUGAUGAGAGGGAGUUAGAGCUGAUGUUGUGUGGCAUGCAAGAGAUCGAUGUGGACGACUGGGAAAGGAACACAAUAUACAGGCACUAUCAGCGCACCAGCAAACAGGUCGUCUGGUUCUGGAAGUUUGUUCGUGAGCUAGAAAAUGAGAAGAGAAUAAGAUUGUUGCAGUUUGUAACCGGCACCUGCCGUCUGCCAGUGGGCGGAUUUGCAGAGUUGAUGGGGAGCAACGGUCCACAGCGGUUCUGUAUAGAGAAGGUAGGAAAGGAAACAUGGCUGCCUCGAAGUCAUACAUGUUUCAACAGAAUAGACUUGCCGCCGUAUCGUAGUUAUGAACAGCUUGUGGAAAAACUGACAAUGGCUAUAGAGGAAACAGAAGGAUUCGGCCAAGAAUAGACUAUGAUUUUGAACACAUGGGAAAGAAAAGUUCUUCAUAGAGGGAGAUUGAAGAUUAGGGCAAGAUUACUCAUUGUUAUCAGUUUCCUAAUGGAGAACAAUUGCUUCUUGUUAAAAGCGAUGAAACUUAAGCAGAUAUGUGGAAGAAUGUUAAUUUAGAAGAUACUAUUAAAAUUGUGCUAAUUUAAUACAUGUGUAAACAGGCUUUUAUGAACAAUCUUCAUAGUGAUGUGUUUCUUAUAUAUUUUCAAUCUAUGUAAAGAAUAAUGAUACCAGCAUCUUAUUAUUGAGUUGUUUUCAUCCCUGGUGUUAUUAUGUUGCAUUCAAAUCUAGUUUUGACAAGUGGUUGACUAUGGGUUGUACCCAAAACAGAUUUUCUUCAAGAUUUCCUACAUUGAAAACAGUUAUAUUAUUUAAUGCACAAUACCGGUAAUGGUUAUCCAUAUCCAUGAAUUGGGGAUUUAAAUAACAAAUUAUGCAAUUGUCUUUUUCUUUUUUAUAUUCAGAGCAGUUUUUCUUUAAUCAUUUUAUUGCUAAUAAUAAAGUGAAAACCCUAUUAGUAUUAAUUAAGUUUUUUGGAAAAAUAUGAUUGAUCUAGUCGUUGUAUGUAUUCCACACAUGUGUAGCAAUCAUGUAAAUACUUGUACGAUAAUCUUCUUUUAUUAAUAUUGAAAUAUUCUUAUUGUUUAUUUAAUAAAAAUGUUGUUAUAUUCUCUAAAGAGAAUACGUUGACAUGUUGUUUCCUCACAUGUAUGCAUGUUUUUGAUUGACACUCUACAAACAUUUCAAAUGAAUGAGCCUCGCUCUGGGAAAACAGGGCUUAAUGCAUGUGCUUGAAGUUUCAAACCAGGGACAACACUUUCUGCCGAGAAUUGAUUUCUGUUUAGAAGAAACUUCUCUGAAACAAAAAAAUCCAUAAAAGCGGAAAGUGUCGCUUUUGAUGAGCCUUUAAGGAUUGCACAGGCUUAUAUGAUUUAACGCCUUCUGCUCAAGCAUUAUGCCCAGUUUAAACACCUCUACUGAGACCGAGCCUAAAAACAAGUAUUGAAUUCAAAAUGUAUAUGCAAAAAAUACAACUAUAUCUUGAUAAUGAGAAAAUAACAGUUAUUAGCUUCAAUAUCAAGCUUUCAGUGAAUUCAGUUCAUGUAUGCAGUAUGCUCCGUCAUAUAGGUAGUCCAUGGCAGUGCAAAUAUUAUUUUCUGAAUAAAAUAUAGUUAAGAAAUAUUUUACAACUGGUAUAUUGUGAAAAUGUAGUGUUUGGAAGGCUAUUAUGUUGUUUUUUAUGCUUAAUCAAAAGCAUGAAUUCCAAGAAAACACAACUUGUACAGUGAUUUGUGUGUACUUUGUUCUUUAAUUAUGUGUUAUGUACUUAAAAUGGCUCAUUAUGUACACUUGUUUUUGUAAUUAAGGAUGUAAUUUUUAAUUCUUUAAUAUAUAUACAAGAAAUUCAUUAUUCAUAUGUAUUUUCUAGAGUAAUGCACUCCAUACAAAGUUUCCUUAAAAACGAAAGAUUUCAAAUUUUGAUCAAUUUAUGUUAAUAGGAAAUACAAAUCAAGUGGUAGAAGUUUGUGUAUUGUUCAUUUAUUUUUAAGUUUAAUGACAAUUACCAAAGAGUUAGACUGUGUUUUUUUCUGUUUUAGACAAUUAAUCUUUAAAAAAUUGUGUUUUGUAGAUAGCCUUCACAUGAUUACUUGAGAAUAAUCUUCUGUAUCAGUUUCACGUGCUGCAGUGACCCUUACAAAAACUAAAUGUGUCUUAAGCUUUGAUUCAACGCAAAUCACCUUCAACAUAAUGAAUGUAUUUUAAUGAAAACAAAAUUGUUUAAAUGGUAAUUUUAAUUUUCUAGAAACCAGUGACGCUCAUACCCUGUAUACAAUAUCUUUGUAAUGUAACUUUUUGCUUAAAAUUCAAAAAUCGUAAUUGUUAAAGCGAUUCUUGUCAGAUUUAGCGAUAUAUUUUAUCUAUCAUUUAUACAUGAAUAUUUUUGUUGGUUUUAAUUUGUUACCAAGACUACAUUGAAUUCAUCAGAAAAAUUCAUAGACACAUUUUACUUACAAUUUAUUAGUUUGUUUAAUUUUAACAGGGAAGUUGUUGACAAGGUUCAGGUAAUAAAACAUAGUUCUUUAGAGUUACAUGUAUUCCUCAAGUUAUCAACAUACUACAAACAUGGACAUAUAAACAUAUAAUCAAUAUUUACUGUGUUCUGCCAACACCUUAACAAAGAUUUUUCUGUAACUCUUAAAAACUUAUUCACAGCCUUUUGCAUGGUUCGUGCCUAGUUACGAUUCUUUCAGGAAUUUAAACAAAAGUCACAAUUGAAUUAUUUCAUCUAUAUUUGUUCUAAGCACUAGUAUUGAUUAUUAUAUGAGAAAUGUGAGGUUAUUCUUAUGCUUAAGUUAAGAGAUUAUGCCUAUGCAUGUGUAAAACUCCAUUGUUUAUAGAUCAAUCUGGUUAUAUGUGUUUAAAUAAGUAAAAUGUACUGAGUCUACUGACAACAAUCUACAACAGUCUAUAAAAAAUGAAAUCGCUCUAGAUUUGUUUGCCUUAUAUAUCCCAUAGCAUUCUGUUGUUAAGUUUUGUUAUACUGGCAUUUCUUUCCACUGCGUGUUGCAAUAUGUUGCUUGGAACAUUAAAAUUACUGAAGGAUU